AUGUCCUUUGUCACUGUUGCGGCAGCAUCGCUGCCCAGCGUCCCCCUGGACUUUGAGGGCAACCGAGACCGGAUUCUGGAGUCAAUCCGCAUUGCCAAAGAGAAAGGCGCACGUCUUCGUACUGGCCCGGAGCUUGAAAUUCCUGGAUAUGGCUGCCUUGAUCAUCACCUUGAGGGGGACACCUUCCUCCACAGCUGGGAGGUCCUGGCCGAGAUCAUAUCGGACCCGGUGUGCAAGGACAUGCUGAUCGACCUGGGGCUGGGGGUGCGCCACCGCAACGUGCGCUACAACUGCCGCGUCCUGUGCACCUACCGCCAGAUCUUCUUCAUCCGCCCCAAGCAGAGCCUGGCCAACGACGGGCUGUACCGCGAGAUGCGCCACUUCACCGCCUGGGCCAAGCCGCGCACCGUCGAAGAUUACUACCUCGAGCAGAUCAUCAAGGACGUCACGGGCCAGAAGAAGGUCCCCAUCGGCGACGCCAUCCUGUCCACCGAGGACACUGCGGUUGGCUGCGAAACUUGCGAAGAGUUGUUCACUCCAAACCCUUCCACAUAUAUGGGCCUCAAUGGCGCAGAAAUUAUCUUGAAUAGCUCCGCAUCCCACGCUGAGCUGAGGAAACUCCGCACUCGCCUUGACCUCAUCUCCAACUCGACGCGGAAGUUGGGUGGUGUCUACUGUUACAGCAACGCGAGUGGAGUAGACGGCGAGGCCCGUAUGAUGUAUGAUGCCAGCUCCAUGGUGCUCAUCAACGGAAAGGUCAUGGCACAGAGCUCACAGUUCACCCUCAAGCCCGUCGAUGUCAUCACGGCCACCAUUGACAUUGAAGAGGUUCGCUCUUUCAGAUCGAGUAUUUCCCGAAAUGUUCAAGCAGCUGCGCAACCAGAAUUCCCUCGGAUCGAAUGCGACAUUCGCUUGUCUCGCCCCGCGGACGACUUCUAUUUCUCGGACCUCAAACCUUCUAGACAAAUUGAAUUGAAGAUUCUAGACCCCAUGGAGGAGAUGUACAUGGCAGAGGCUGUCUAUUUGUGGCAAUAUCUUACCCGAGCCAACGCUGGAGGCUACUUCCUGGCGCUCUCCGGUGGGCUGGACAGCUGCAGUGUCGCUACCUUUGUCUUCGGAAUGGCACGGCUAGUCUUGGAAUCCAUCAACGCCGGCGAGAAGACAACUCUGGAUGAUCUUCGCCGAGUCACUGGAGAGCCCGAAUUUACGCCAAAGACUCCCCAGGAGAUUCUCGGUAGACUGCUACACACAUGCUACAUGGGCACAAAGAACAGCUCCACGGACACGAGAUCGCGCGCUCAGAGAUUGGCGCAAAAGAUCGGCGCCUAUCACUCUGAUACCAACAUCGACGAGACAGUGGAUGCUAUGGAGUCGAUUGUGGACCAGGCGCUGAAUUUCAAGCCCAAGUAUCAAGUCGAAGGCGGUUCGGUAGCAGAGAACCUUGCCAAGCAGAAUAUCCAGGCUCGCAACCGGAUGGUCUACUCGUACGCGCUAGCGCAACUGUCGACGACUAGCCGGGGAUUGCCGCGAGCUGGCAGCAGUCUGCUGGUGCUUACUUCAGGGAAUGUUGACGAGGUGCGUGACUGGUGCUUUCUUGAAGCUUUCAAUACAAUGCGACUGGCAAAGAAGCAGAGAGAUCUGGCGCCCUUGGGUUCAAUCUCGAAAUCCGAUGCCAAGUCUUUCCUCGGCUGGGCAGGCGAAAAGUGGGAUCUACCGAUUCUCAAGGAGUUCUUGGGCGCGAUUCCCACGGCGGAGCUGCUCCCUCUGAGUGCCGGCGUUCAAAGCGAUGAAGAAGAAAUGGGUUUGAGCUACGACCAGCUUUCCGCCUUUGGCAAACUCAGAAAGGUUGAGAAACUGGGACCCUGGAGUGCCUACCUCCGCCUGCUUGGAGACUGGAAGGAUCUCGCUCCCCGGGAGACGGCAGAGCUCACCAAGCGCUUCUUCCGCUUCUAUGCCAUGAACAGACACAAAGCCACGACCAUCACUCCAUCGAUUCACUUAUCCGCAUACAACCCGGACGAUAACCGCCAUGAUCUGCGUCCCUUCUUGUACAAGAUUUGGUGGCCGUACCAGUUCAGCAAGAUUGAAAAGCACGUCAGGAGUCUGGAGGAACGGUCCGAACAGGAGAAGAAGCACUGA